GGUGGUUUGUGAUAUAUCUAUACUGGCAGGUACUGGUGGAAUAUAGUCACUAGUUGUUUUCGAUGAGUAUUAAUACAUGUUUCCAAGAUGACACUUCUGUAGGAGUCUCCACGUGACGUGAAUAUUGUCAUACUGACCAUGCAGUUGAAACAUAACUCCAUGGCUAUAUUGAAGAUAUUUCAAUGGUAUUACGUCACCUAUUUUACACUGUCUUUACAUUUUUUCUCCAUUGGAGCGGACAUGGAGAAUGUACUACAGAUACCAACAUCUGUUUACGUGGAAGAAGCAAAAUCAUACAAUACCUCACUUAACAAAUUUGAACGGCUUGUUGGAAAAACAAUUUUGGAUGUCCAAUACCAAUUUUGGUUUAAUGUUCGCCAAAGACAAAUACAGCAACCCUCUACCGAAGAAAAAGUAACAGAUAUACAAAUUGUACAAGAGCAGACCGGACCAAUGGCUAUUCAUUUAGUAUCUACAUGUAAUGAUACUGAUGUUGAUCGUAAGACGAAAUCAGGAAAUGCUUUACUGCCUGUUAGCAUCGAGUUGGAAACAGACGUCUGUCUAGGUACUAUACUAUCAGGUAACGAAUCCAGCAACGUUUCUGUGGCUUUUGCCUCUACCAGACUUUGGGAAAGAUUUGCCUCCGUGUUAUGGAAUAAUGAAGACAUGAACAUAACAGACAUCUCCUUUGUAACGUUAAUAUCGUCUGGAGGAUUUGACGACAGACGUACAGUGACGUAUCCGGAAGCAGUGACGGACCUGCAUAUAACGGUUUCCGAUCCGUCGCUUUACAGUACACAAGGAGUGGAAUGGCAAUUCUCAGCGUCAAACGUGACCUAUGAAACAAGAGAACAAUGUUCAUCAGCCUGCUCAAAGGACCUUGAACCUGAUGGCCGGGUCAUCUAUUUCAACGGUACCAGUUUAGAUAUUACAUCUCCAAGGAUUAUUGGGAGUUACUGGCGCUGUGUACUUAAAGUGAAAUUUUAUCUCCGAGACCAAGACAUUGCCCUUAUACUGAAUGUCAUACAGGAUCAAAAUGUGUGGACACAUCGCGUCAAAACAACGAACAGGUGGACAGAAUACAUUGUUCCUAUCGGACAAAUCAACGGAAUCUUCAAAGUGCAGAUACAGUUUUACAGAAUAAAGCAGAUACGUUGGAAAAGAGGAAAAUUACAGAAUGCUGUAUUUGAAAAUUGCGAUCUGUCAUCAGUACAUUCGGAGAAACAAGAACCUGGCCUUAGUAAGGAUACAUUUGUGUGCAGGACAGGAGUUAUAAUCAGGUCUGACCAACUGUGUGAUUUCCAUGACAACUGUUUCCAUGGUGAUGACGAAAGUGAAGAAAUCUGUGGAAAUGGAUUUUCACUUGGACUUUGCGAUUUCGAAGAGAUCACCAACUGCUCCUUGAUCUUAAGAGAUUACAUGGAGAGCACGUCGACAGUCGAGGACGCUAAUGUUACAGUGGCCUUAACAGACGGUACCGGCUCAUUGAAAGGUCACGUCUUGGCUUUUGAAGAGCGUCAGAAUGCCAAAAAAACAGGGUUUGUGACUGUUAAUUUGACCCAGCCCGAAAGUUAUUUGGCCAACAAUAAAUCAUGUGUGUUUCAGGUAGAUACAUACUCGACAGUAAAUGGUGGGCGUUUCCGUUUGAUUGUUCACAUAAUCGAUGCUGAGACUGAGGAGAUCCUAAAAAAGGACGAAACAAAUUUACCAUUGUACGAGUGGCAAAUAUACCGGCAAUUAAUUCCGGAUUUUUCUGAACGAAAUGUCUCCACAUUCUACCUGGUCGUUUACACUGUGCUUUCAAACGGGUAUUUCCUGGGAUUCGACAACAUCUAUAUAUCAUCCGAAUGUAUCGCAAAGGAUACGCCGGCGACGUUCUCAAGAGAAAUCCCAGAGGAGAGCAACGUGGUCAUGAUAGUAACAGUUAGCUGUGCAUCAAUGGGGUUCGUGUGGAUUUCGAUAUUGCUCCUAAUGUACAUGAGAUACACCAAAAUACCUCAAACUGGGAAGUCGAGGAAAAGACUUUCACUUUUCGGAGCGCGAUCGAGAUCAGUAAAGGGUGUGCCAGAUUCCGCUCCCUUGUUGAGGCGACUGAAUGAGAACCUUUGGCAGGAUCACCCGAACUAUCACAUGUAUAAACAGAUACUGACCCAGGAUCUCAGCGACGACAUCAAGAAUCUAUCCAGAUACAAACUCAAGUUGACCAAAGUGCUAGGAAGUGGUGCGUUCGGAGAGGUGCUGCAAGGACAGCUUAUCAGAGGAGUCAUUUUCAAACACGUGGCAGUAAAGAGAUUAUCAAGCGGUUGUUCAGAGAAAGAAAGAACGGAUUUUCUUGUUGAAGCAUUAACUAUGAGUAAAUUCAAACACGACAAUAUCGUCUGCUGUCUGGGAAUAUAUGUCAAGAACGGUGCCCUCCUACUGGUGGAGGAGCUGAUGGCAGGGGGUGAUCUGAAACAUUUCCUUGUCGAGUCACGUCCGACCAUAGAUGAAACUCCAGCCUUGAGUACCGACGAACUUCUCUCUUUAGCAAAUGACAUCUGCCAAGCGUGUAGUUAUCUGGAAGCACAUAAAUUCAUACACAGGGAUAUUGCCUCCCGCAACUGUCUACUUACUGCAAAAACCCCGGACAGAGUGGCAAAAAUGGCGGACUUUGGCUUAGCCCGAGACAUUAUACAGAACGACUCCUACCAGAAGUGUGGACGGUCUAUGCUGCCUGUCCGAUGGCUUCCUCCAGAGUCCUACCUUGAGGGAAUAUUUAGCACAAAGUCGGACGUUUGGGCGUACGGUAUCCUGUUAUGGGAGAUCUUCUCCUUCGGGUAUGAUCCCUAUCCGUCAAUGAAGUGCGAAGAAAUGAUGGCGAAAGUCAACGGAGGUCAACGAAUGGCAGCUCCAUCUCGAUGUCCUACGGUCGUCUAUGAUGUAAUGAUGCUCUGUUGGCAACAUGACCCCAAAUCACGACCUUCCUUUGAACGACUAUGUGAAUAUCUCCAGAAGAUUAGGAAGAAUGUGUGCAUCAAUAUCGUCUGUACUAAUGAUGUAAGUGGCGAUGAACAAGGGGACGACAGAGUCGAAAGUGACGAGGAAAACAAGCUUCAUACCUGGCAUUGCAACGGAAACUACGCUAUAGAAGAGGAAUCGGUGUAGAUUAUUGAGCAGGAAACAAAUAUCGGGAACCGUCGGCACUUUCCGUAAACGAGAAUAUAUUUUCUUGAUUACGAAAAGUGCCGACGGUUCCAGAAUGACAGGAAAACAACGAAGGAAACAUAGGAACCAUUUUUUAAGUCUUGCUCUCAAGAAUGAAUCAGCGUGAAAAUCAGUCAGUGGUCAAACAAGAAAAUAGUUUCUCUUUUACGGAAAGUGCCGACGAUUCUCGAUUACAUUGUCCAUGCUAUUUUAUAUUGGGAGGAUAUCCAUAUGUCUAAGGACACAAUGUUAUGUAAAAGUAAUCAAGCACCGCUUUGAAAGAUGAUUCGAUCGUACACAGAUCUCUUACAAGAGGAUGUGAAUGUUUAUAUUAAGUUACCUCCCCUAUUUUUGAGUAAUGUCCCUUUGUUUCAAAACGUUCUCGCUACAGUGUCAUUUUAUUACCAACGAAGAAAUGAAUAGGAACACGGUAGCAAUGAAACCAGUAAAACAGGACACAGCAAAAUCGAUAGUGAAACCUUCAUCAGAGACCAACUGCAGUCUACAAUGACUGCUUCCCUCGAAACUACCUCUAUAGAGAGACCAUCUGUCUACAACGACCAGUAACACAUAUAAAAGGAAUUUGUCGUAUACACCACCUGACCUGUCUAUUAAAAUCAACGACUGGUGGACGAAUUAUUGAGUUCUCUCUAUUCCGUCUUUUCGUAUUGCAGAGUUAUCUGCUC